AUGGAGUCUCCCCCCUUUGACAUGUGGAAGGACUACUUAAACCUGAACCAGGUGAUCCUGACACUGAUCCGGAGCCAACAGCAGAAGGCAGAGCCCCCAGGGGCUGGAGAGGCAAGACCUGGGCCACCGCAGGGGCCGAAUGAGGGGCCCGAGGCCAGCGGGGGCCUGGCCACCCUGUGUAACUUCUGCAAGCACAACGGUGAGUCCCGUCACGUCUACUCCUCACACCAGCUGAAGACGCCAGAGGGCGUGGUGUUGUGUCCUAUCCUGAGGCACUAUGUGUGUCCCCUGUGCGGGGCCACAGGGGGCCAGGCUCACACGCUCAAGUACUGCCCACUCAAUGGUGGCCAGCAGUCCCUCUACCGCCGCAGUGGACGCAACUCAGCCGGACGCAAGGUCAAGCACUGA